UUCAAAUGAGUCAGCUCUUCGCAUCAGGUGGCCGAAGUAUUGGAGUUUGAGCUUCAACAUCAGUCCUUCCAAUGAACACCCAGGACUGAUCUCCUUUAGGAUGGACUGGUUGUACCUCUUUGCAAUAGUACAAGUUAAAUUAAAAUGAGUAUUUGUAUAAUCUGGAACAAAGAUGACUUCCCCAAAAGAUGUCCUGAGAAAAAAUCUGAAGCUAAUCCAUGGCUGUCCCAUCACCUAUGCUUUCGCAGACAACUGGGAAAAGAUUGAACAGUUCCAAAGCAGACCAGAUGACAUCGUGAUAGUCACUUACCCCAAAUCAGGUACCACUUGGAUCAGUGAAAUUGUGGACAUGGUUCUACAUGAUGGGGAUGUUGAAAAAUGUAAGCGAGAUGUUAUAACUGCUAAAGUUCCAAUGUUGGAACUGGCUCUUCCUGGACUAAGGACUUCAGGUUUAGAACAACUGGAGAAGAAUCCAUCACCCCGGGUUGUGAAAACACAUCUGCCAAUUGAUCUCAUUCCUAAAUCUUUCUGGGAAAACAACUGCAAGAUCAUUUAUCUGGCUCGAAAUGCCAAGGAUGUUGCUGUCUCAUUUUACCACUUUGACUUAAUGAAUAAUUUGCAGCCUCUUCCUGGAACCUGGGGAGAAUAUCUAGAGAAAUUCUUGACUGGAAAUGUGGCCUAUGGUUCCUGGUUUAAUCAUGUUAAAAGUUGGUGGAAGAAAAAGGAAGGACACCCGAUACUUUUCUUAUUCUAUGAAGAUAUGAAAGAGAAUCCAAAGCAAGAAAUCAAGAAGGUUGUUCGAUUUCUAGAGAAAAACCUGGAUGAUGAGAUCUUGGAUAAGAUAAUCCAUCACACAUCAUUUGAAAUGAUGAAGGACAACCCUCUAGUGAAUUAUACACAUCUACCAAGUGAAGUGAUGGACCACAGCAAGUCCUCAUUUAUGCGCAAAGGGAUUGCAGGUGACUGGAAGAAUUAUUUCACAGUGGCCCAAAAUGAGAAAUUCGAUGCCAUUUAUAAGAAGGAAAUGUCUGAGACUGAACUUCAGUUCCGUACAGAGAUUUGAGGAACCUAAACUGAAAAUCUGAAGAAAAAAGUCUGAUCUGCAGUUUGGUGAAAUAAGGACAGUUAGGAUUUAAUUUGGGUAAUUGAAUGGUUUUAUAAAGGAAGAAAAAAUGUGCUUCUAAGCUUUGAUUUUUCAAUGUGGUUAAUCACUCAUUCUGAGAGUCCCUAAAACUAGGACAAACUGUCACCUUUUCAAAACUAUUCCUGCAUUUUCCUUGUGGUUUAAAAUUAAGUUCUACUCCCUACUAACAUGACUCAAGAAAUGCUGCUUUAACACUGGUACUGUGUUUCCUAGCUCUGCUCCAAUUUCUCUUUCCUUAAAAUUUGACCCAGAACACUUUGUGCCAUUACUGUCUGUCUUCAGGAUUUCAAGUUGUUCCCUGAGUCAUAGCUCAUCCGGCCUUGCCUCUCUUGGAAUUAUACGAUUCAUGUCUCAGAUAGUAUGGUUCAGGUUUUGGAAAUGUUGUUUCUAUACCUAAUUUCUGUUUAUCCAAAUUCCUAAAUUCUGAGUAUGUAAUUUUCAAGUCUCCAAAGAUGAAAGAUCACCAUUAGUCUCCCUACGGCUAUUCCCUGGGAAUAGGAGCUCUGCUCUGAGCACCUAAGCUGAGGGCAGGAACUUACUUCCUAUGGAGAGUCCUUCCAGAAUUCAACAGCUUCCUGUGAUUCCUGAGAAUUUCCUAUUGCCAUGAUAUGGCAUCUUGGUUUCUUCAUUUUGUAUCUGAACAGAUGUGGAUCCCUUAAUAAUAGUUUCAAUAUUUCAUAUACAAUCUGGUGCCUACAAGAGAUUCUCUAGGCUGAAUCUCCACUACACCUUCCCAAUCCAAUGUCUUUUCUACCCCUUUUUCUACUCUUAGGUCUAUCUGUUGGUCUCUUUGAUGGAUUUUUCCUUGUAAUAUAAAUCUUCUAGUAAAUAUGUAUAAGUUUUAAGGUAAGCUUUUAUAAGAGAUGUCUCAUUACAAGAGAUCUCUUAUAUCUAAGAGAUAUAUUAGCAUUCUUUUAUUUUUAAUUGAACAUAAUUAUUUACAAUAUUAUGUUAGUUUCGGAUGUAUAGCAUUGUGAGUCAAUUUUUUUAUAGACUGUACCCUGUUUAAAGCUAUUACAAAAUAAAGACUAUGUCUCUCUGUGCUGUACAAUA